AUGGCGGUUUGGGGACCUUAUCAUCACCGCCUGGCCAAGAAGAUUAGACUCAAAGGCAUAAGACUCAAUUCCCAGGGAGAGAUUGUGCCGGUGGAGAUCAACGGCCCGGCGGACUUCGAGUCCUGGCGCGAAAGCUACAGUGUCUUUAGAACUGGCUGCAUUAUGUUCGGUCAGAUAUCGCCUGCCAGACUGGAUGGCUACGAACAUCACAUUCGGUCGUACCAUGAGCGUUAUGGUAGGGGAUGCUGGGCUCUCUUGUAUCAGGCCGAUGUACGAGCCAGGCUGGAACUUGCAGAGAGGCUCAGGCGCCAGGGCAAGGAGGAUCGUGAUAAUGCCAUUGCUGCUGGAGGGACGCACGGCUUCGACCCCAAGAAGCCUUGGGAGUGGGUGUGGAAUAUGAUUGUUAAGGACCACGCUUUUUGGCACCGCGAGCUGGAGGAGCCGGCUUUGCUCAUUCUGGCCAAGACGCAGAAGGCUUCCCAGUUGUUGGGUACCGACGCUCCGGUGGAUGCACCUGGAGACUUGGGCGUGGACCGGCCGCCAUCUGCACCCUCUGCACCAGCCAAGCGCAAGCGCGAUGACAAUGUCAGGCAACACAUGAUUGGCGAGGACGGCCUUCUCACCCACAAUAGGCCCCUUCGUCUACCUGGCGAUCGCGACAUCUACGGCAGGCAGGAGGACGUCCGAUUAGGAACGCUGCUGGCCCUGCGGGCAGCCGACACCUUCAUGCUCUUUUACGAGCUGGCCGGUAGGUGGAAGAACGUGCUGGUUAGAGAUGAACCGAACAUGCAGCCGUGCAACGAUGUCGUCAACACUGGAGUUGUCCCUCACCUCUCCUGGUCACCGGCGCUGCGGGGAAAACAGGGCCUUGCCGAUGAGGACGUGGACAUGCAUUUAGGGGGCAUGAGACACCCCAGAAGGGCCAUGGAGACCAUUACUGGUUACGACCGUAUCGGCAAGGCCAUCUUUCACACGUUGGACCGGCCAUCGUUCCAACGAAGCCACCAAAGUCCCGGUUCAGGCCUGGAUUAUGGCUUGCUGGGAGCGUGGGGCCGCAUUGCUGGCGACCCUGAUACGGAUUUCAUUGAGGACGACGCGCAGCAGGACGAUGAUGAAGGCCAGGAUUAUUUCCAUGACCCCGCGGGCCACGAGAAUUAUGACGACCCCAUGGCGCUGCCGGAGAUCCAGAGGCUCAUCGACACGGGCUAUGUCAAGGUCUUCGACGAUCUGGAGUCAUGUCAAGCGUGGCUGGGCGGACCCCCGCUGACCUCAAAACUCGCCAUGGUCACCAAGGUGAGGUCGGAUGGGACUACCAAGCGUAGACUCAUUCUGGACUGCCGGGAGUCCGGCGCCAAUUUGCUAGCGCACGAAGGGGGCCGGGUUCAGUUGCCGCGCCCCACUGACUCGGUGGACGAGGUGGACGACUCGCUUUACCUCCUCAGCCGCUCGAAGGGCGAAGAAGUGGAAGCUCUCGUUCUCGACUUCAAGGACUGGUUCUAUCAGUUCCACCUCAACAUGAGGAGCGUCACUACUUCACCACUGCCUACCGCGAAAGACCCGGGGGGGAGCAAGAAUGCUCCGAUCGUCUGCGGACGCGUGGCGGCCUUCAUUGGGCGACUCAGCCAAUCGCUCUUUCUUUCGGAUAGAGCAAGGCUGCAAGUAUACGUGGACGAUCCUUGCUUCCUGAUGGUGGGCUCACAAGGUCAACGAGAUCGCCUGGCGUCAAUAUUGAUUUGCAUGUGGAUGUCGCUCCGGAUUCCACUGGCCUUUGGUAAGGCUUCCCGCGGCGCCGAUUUCACCUGGAUUGGCGUGCAUUACCACAUCAAGGCUGGCAAGGACGGCAAAGUGACGGUAACGGGCAAAACUGAGCUGAUGCAAGAGAUCCUGGAGGCCACCGAGGCGCACCAGAAGGUGAACGUCAUCAGCGUAAGGGACCUCCAGAAAUACGUCGGGAAGGCCAACUACGUGGCGGGCGUUGUGGACACAUGGCGCCCCUUCCUGACGGACCUCUGGGCCGUUAUAAACAGCUGCGGUCCCGAAUCUCGCCCCAAGAAUUGCGUCUGGACAAAACAAUGGGCGCACGUCACAGCUUGGUUCCUCGCCUUCUACAGGGGCGAGGUUGGAGCACUGACUCGUGAGUACAGGGUCAGUCACUAUUUCGGGAGGGCCAUCAAGAUGCGGAUUGUUACCGAUGCCUGCCCUUGGGGCAUCGGAGGCUUCCUGGCGAUGAACAACACGCCGAUAGCCUACUUCUCGGACGCCCUCUGCGAUUUUGACCUGGAGCUGGCCGAAGCUGAGCGCGGAUCCCCUGACGGACAACAGGUUUGGGAAUCCCUGGCCUUGUUGGUCACGCUACGAUUAUGGACCUCGCACUGGGUCAAACGAGGAGUCGAUCUACACCUUGAAUCGGACAGCGUAUCG